AUGUCAAUAUAGCCAGUUGAGUCGUAAAUAAAUUUUUAAAAGGAAAUAGAUGACUAGCUUCAUGAUGAUUUUAGAAAGAACAAAAUAAAACUAGAUGUUUGGGUCUCGCUUAAAGUUAUUAAAAUUAGAGAUUUGAAUAAAUAUGAAACAAUUGAAGUUUAGCCAACAUAGACAAUAUAAGAAAUCAGAGGAAUUAUAUAAAGAAUGAUUUUAAAAGCGCUCAAAAAUCCUACAGAAGAUUAGAAAUAAAUUAUUCAAGAUUCUUACAUUCUUUUAAGAGAUAGAUUUAUUCCUUCUCCUUUCGAGAAGAUUGGCGAUUUGUAUUGUGUAAUCAAUCAAUUUACUGAAAAAUAUUUCUUCAAUUCAAUAAUAUUUAAAAUUUUUAGAUUUUUGGAGACAAAGAGAAAAAAUCUAUUUUAUUAUCUGUAGACUCCUUUGACGCUUAAGGAUGAUUAGCAAAAAGAUAAAUUAAUUGAUUGA